AUGAUCCAGCUGCUGUUCGCCGUGCUGGUGGCGGAGGCGUCCCUGACGGCGGCGCUGCUCUUCAAGACGCCGCUGCGGAAGCUGGCCGUGCUAGUGGUCGACCGGCUCAAGCGCGGCCGCCACGCGCCCGUCGUCGUCAAGACGGUCGCGGGCGUCGUCCUAGCGCUGCUCGCUUCGACGCUCUACGGCAUGGCUCAGAUCAGCGGCAGCGGGAGCGACUCCGACUCCGACUCCGGCUCCGGCUCCGGCUCCGGCGGCGGGCCCACGCCCACCGACCAGGUGCUCUUCUCGCGUCACCUCCUGGAGGCGUGCCUCAUGGGUGGCUGUUCAAGCGGGUGUGUUGAUUCUGAGAAGAGCCCUAUUCUUUCAGGGUACUCCUUAUUUCUUGCUCUAAUGAUUGACCGGCUCCACCAAUACAUCAGAGAUUUGCGUGUGUUCAAGAAGGACUUAGAGGCUGUACGUAAGCAUAAUAAAAUGUUGGAGGAAACAAAACAUGGAAAUUCAGAGGAGGCAAAGAAGUACCAGGAAGAGAUUGCCACUCUGAACAAGGAGAUGAAGAAACUGAAGCUACAAGUCCAAGAAAAGAUAGAAGAGGUCCAUGUUGCUGAGGACAAGGCACUUACUAUCCAAAAGCAAUCUGAAGGCUUGCUGAUUGAAUAUGACCGCCUGCUGGAGGACAAUCAGCAUCUUCGGGAUCAGCUGGUGUCAAUUGACCUUAGGCUUUCCAGCUCUUCUUGA